AUGGGUCAUGCUAUACCAAAUGGAAUUCUUCAAAGUCAACCAAAGCUGGAACAUGCGCUCAGAUGUUUAGUUGAAAAGUCCGAGUACUGUACCCUCCGAACGGGCAGUGAAGUGAUUGAUCGCGAAGAGCUUGCAACGCACAUGGUGGUGACCUACCUCGAUCACCGAAGCAAAACAAAAAAACAUCUCAGAGCUCAAUGGCUUAUAGGUGCUGACGGGAAAAGAGGUGUUGUCCGAAAGAAAUUCUUGGAACCUACAGCUGGAAUCAAGCAAGAAGAUGGAAUUUUCCGCUACGAGGGGACGUGGAUAGCCGCAAAUUUGCACAUGACUUUGCCGACGCCAGCCACUCAUCCAGACCUUGAUGUUCUAUGGGACUUGGGUCUCACAGCAGAGGAGGUAUAUGACCUAUUCUGGCCGAAGGGCUGGCAUUUUUGCGCACCUCCUGGGAAACCCACUGCAUGCGGCAGAUUCGGACCUCAUGAAGAUCGCUUGUGGCGGCACGAAUUUGCAGAACCAGAUUGGUCGGAUGAUGGUUCUAAAAAUGCAGAAGAACUAUUUUGGGAGCACCUGACGCCAAUGAUCACUCUCUCAGCCGACGCAACAGGACGGCAAUUUGGCCGCGAAAUCACGUUUCCAAAAGACUGCAUUGAGAUAAUGAGAUGCCGUCCAUUCAAGUUCACGCACAAGGUAGUCAAUAGAUGGUUUGAUAACCGAACAAUCUUGAUCGGAGACGCGGCCCAUGUCUUCCCGCCUUUUGGUGGACAAGGAAUUGCAUGCGGUAUUCGGGAUGCAGAAGAGCUGUCGUGGAGAAUUGCCAUUCUGGCAAGCCUGAAGUCUUCUAUUCCGCAGGGUGUGAUCAAUGGCGUGCUGUCAGCAUGGGCAAAGGAACGACACCUGGGGGUUGAGAACUCAAUGAGGCACACAAUGAUAAGCGGAAAUCUCUGCAACGGCACGGCAGGAUUAGCAUACACUGCACUUGCACCUCUACUCCUACCACUACUAACUCUUCCUUCCUUUCGUGGCUUUCCAACUCCUCUCAGUCACGGUGAAGUGACUGGUUACCGAAGUGUCAAGGACGGUUUCUUCCUGAGCAAAUAUGGCGGUGGCUACAAACUAGCGCAAACAUACGCCAUAGCAACAUUCCCAACUAAUUCAUUACCAGAGAGUUCUCUGCGAUGGGAAAUGGUCCUAUCUGAUCAGAUAUUAUACCACGUACCAACCCCCUUUAUCUUAUUGAUUGCAGGGCAGCUAUUGGCUGAAGAGAAAUCGCAAGUUCAGAAGUUGCUGAGAAGCACUCGGCUUGAGUCAACGAUAUUAUCCGAUCAGUCCAUCAUACAACUCCAUAAAAGCCAAAAAGACCUUGAGACUUCUCUCAAACGAGAAAUCACCAACCGGCCGAAGUCGCCUAGACAUGGCUUAGCCGAUCAACAGAGCUUCUAUGGUGCCAUGGUCCGCCCGGAGUGGGAAAAAGCUAUCUCGCUGGUGAUCGACCAUCUGUUGGAAGAACGAAGGAAAAACUCUCUUGUCGUAUACUUCUUCUGCGACUUUUCUUCACAAAACCAAGUGAAUAUCAUCAAUAUUCUGCACCAUAUUCUUCGACAGGUUAUCAUCCAAGGAAGUGGCGAGAUGCUUUCUAUGCUCAAAGAGUCAUGUGGUGACCCGAGUACUCUACAAAAUGAAACUCGAGUGGUACAGUUGCUUGCCCUAGCAGCUUCUGUGCAACCCAUCUACAUGGUAAUAGAUGGCCUGGACGAACUGAAAACGCCUAAUGAACUUCUAGCACAAAUUCCUGAACUUGCAAAAUCAGAGAUUCACAUACUGAUUACCAGCAGGGAUUUACCACAAAUUCGAAAAAAGAUGGGCCCGGCUAUUCACCUGGCCAUUAAACCUACAGAUUCUGAUUUAAGACUAUACGUCGCUAGUCGACUGCAGGGAAGCGAAUUUGCUGAGGAAGUCGCCAGAGAUAGCAGUCUAGUCAAUGAAAUUGUGUCCAAAACUGGAAACAUGUGUGUUAUCACCUUCCCUUCCGGGGUACCAACUCUGACCGAACGCAGAUUCCUUCUCUCCCGGUUCCUCCUUGAUGAACUACUUGAUCUUGUGACAAUCCAUCAAAUACGCAAGGCACUUCAGAGACCACCACGAGGUCUAGAGCAAGCCCUCGAAGCGACGCUACAGCGGAUAGAUGCUCAGCCACCGGCACGGACCACGCUCGCUCGGCGGCUUCUUGGCUGGAUCAUGGUUGCAGAGCGAAGACUGAAAUUGGAUGAAGUCAUAACCGCAUUCGCAGUCGAAGAUGGUCAGGAGCUGCAACGUGAUAAUAUGCCGAGCCCCGAUAUUCUACUUCAGGUUUGUGCCGGGCUGGUAGUACUCAAUGAACAUGACAACACACUCGGUUUGGUUCAUGCUUUUGCAUACGAAGUCCUCCAUCUUUCGUUGCCUCAGAAGGAAGCGAAUCUUGAUAUGGCUUKUACUUGUCUUCGAUAUCUCUCGUUGAAACCCCUAGCGACAGGAUCAUGCGCAAGCUCGACCGAAAUGAUCAAGCGACUCAAUUCGCUAGCAUUUUUAGACUACUCUUCCAAGCAUUGGGGACAACACGUCGUUCUAGGAAAUUUCGAAACAGAAUUAGAAACUUUGAUCAUGAAACUACUGGAUGAUACGGCUCUCAGAAAUAGUGCAUUUCAGGCACUUCAAUUUCGCGGGGACUUUGCCAACUCUGGGGUCACUGAAGAAUUGUUCGAAUCCAUGCCCACAAAUCCUGAAGCACUGCAUUUAGCAGCUUAUUGGGGGUUAACUUACAUUGCAGGCAAAUAUUUGGAGGCCGGUGCGCCUCCAUCCGCAAUAGACUCGCAUAGAUGGACCCCCCUCCACUGGGCAUGUGCUAACGAUAAGCUCCCCGUGGCAAAAGUCCUCAUACUUAGCGGAGCGGAUGUCAAUGCCCAGGAUAUUCAAGGAUGGAGCCCAUUAUUCUGGGCGGCAUUUGUGGGGAACACCGACACGGUGCGUCUUCUGCUUUCGAGUGGCGCGAACCAUCUUGCUCGAAGUGAGUUCGGUUGGACGGCCUUACACUGGGCUGUUUCGGGCGGACACACGGCGAUAGUGAAGGAACUUCUUGAAUAUCMCUCUCAACUCCAGUCAUCSGAGCCGGUCUUUCAUAAAAUGACCAUGGAAGAAAUUGAGUCAUACGCCAACGCAACCCUUCCUGUGGAUGUGGCUGCAGCAGGUCAGGAUUCAAAUAUAUUCACGAUGCUUAUCGAGCAUCUUCAGACACCUCCCGACAUUGUGACAGAUGUCAAAUUCAACAUGAUCUGGGAACGCGAACGCUUCGACGUUCCUGUGUCACACAACCCAUGGAGAACCUUGACGAAGGGCGAACGCGUCAACGGACGCGAGUCAAAUAUACCAAGAUUUACGGGACGCUUUGCACGCAGCUCGGAAGAGUGGCGUUCAGACUCUAAAAAAUGGAAGUCAGUCCUCUUACUAUCAGCCAUUCGUGAUCAACAACUCUCAUCAGUAGAGCUCUUAGUCGAAACAGGAGCAGAUGUCGAUUACAAGAAUGCUUUGUGUGUCGCAGCUUGUCGUCGAGAUCCCCGAUAUGUCCAAUGCUUGUUGAAAAAUGGCGCGAAUCCAAACAUUGAGGACAGAUAUGGACGGACUGCUUUGCACGAAGCUGUCAUGAAUGGGUUUGUGGAAACCAUCGCUGCGCUUCUCGAUGGAGGGGCGGAUAUAAACAAGCCUGUCGCGAGGAACUAUCAUAUGAGUGACAGUGAUGAUCCUAUUUCGCUGCCUGGUUACAGAAUAAAACUUAGCGAAAAUGGGUCCACGGCCUUGAUUCAAGCCUCUGGCUUUUCCCUAAACACUUUCUUGAUAGCCGAGCCGUCGGACUCUGAUUUGGCCAUGCAGAUCACCCGAUUGCUACUCUCCAGAGGUGCGGAUCCGUGCCUCAAGGAUGGUUCCGGGAGAACUGCGCUCCAUUACGCGGUACUAAGACCUCAUCUACCACUGGUCGAAAUUCUAGUUGAAGCUGGAUGUCCAACUGAUGCAGUGGAUCACAAUGGUGCUACUCCAAUGCACCUGCUGGCAUUUCACAGGAAAGAGUUCCUCAACUUGCAUUAUUUGAAAAAAGUGGUGAGCCUUCUCAUCAAGGGGAAAUACGAAAAUGGUCGGACCAAAAUUUUAGAUCAGUCCGUGUGUGCAAAACCCGCCCAUGGAGCUGAGCCUGAGGGUGAGGGAGGGGAUAAAUCGGUGUUAUACAAAGAAACCGUUAUCAAAGAAACUAGGGGACAGUACAUAAAGCUUAAACGGCUUGAAGGUUUUGUUGAAGGGCUCACUCCACUUAGCAUGGCAUUGCAAGCAGGUAGAUGGGGACUAGUUCAAGUUUUAUUGGAACUAGGGGCUACAUUUCCAGUGGAUCUUAAUCUGACUCCAAUUCUUGAUCAUGCCAUCAAGAGUGUUGAACCGAACAUGACAAAUCUACUUCUCCAGCACAGAGCACAUCCUUCUCCGGAUGCAAUCUAUAGCCUAUGCAUUUCAUUCGUGGCUCAAACAACCAGCACAGAACCCUUGGAAGGGAGAGAUAUUGAUGCAGACUUUGGAGCCGUCCUGGAAAAAUUGGUAUCAGCCGGGGCAGACAUCAACUUUUGCCAAGACGAAGAGACCCCCUUGACGCUUGUGGCGAACAAGCGUGGCUCACAAUUUGCUCUCAAAGCACUCAUUGAUGCUGGCGCGGACAUCUAUAAAGUAUCAUCAAAGACCUUUGAUCCCAUUCUCACUGUGGCACUUUUCCGCGAGGCUGGUGACCUCGCUUAUCUCCUGGACUAUGCUGUGGCACAUCCGAAAGAAGAUCAUUGGUCAAGGCAUUUAACUGAAUUUCCCAAUGAGAGUGACCCCAUCAUGCGCAUAUGUCUGUGUCUACAAAAGGUGGACGGUAUGAAUGAUACAAAUAACGAUGGUCGCACCCUGUUGCAUUUUGCUGCCGAGAAGGGUCAUAUCACCCUAGUGACUUCCCUCGUAUCAUGUGGUGCCAAAGCCGAUAUUGCAGAUAGUAAGCAAUGGCUUGCAAUUCAUUGUGCUGGGUUUGCCCAACAGACCGCUGUGAUGAAGUUCUUGCUCGAACAUAGCACCGAUUCCUCCGUCAAGAUGCAGGAGAUUUUUGAGGAGGACAACACUUCCUUAAAACAUACCAUGCUUGAUGUGGCUAUCAUAAAGCAGAACAUUGACAUGGUAAGAGUUAUCUUAAAAUAUGGUUCGAAAGUACAUCCUAGCAUAGAUAUCAACUCGAAGAUCAGAAAUUGGCGCAGAGAUGUACCUAUGCUGGGAUACGCAGCUGAGAACGGAUAUGAGGAUAUUCUCUCCAUCCUUUUACAAAACGGCGCUGACAUUGAGGGAACGGAUAAAUAUGGUUGGCGACCGCUACAUUUUGCAUGCUACCGAGGCCAUACAGAGAUCGCCAAAAUUCUGAUAGACGCAGGAGCAGAUGUACACGCCGCGACUGGGAAGUGGAACGAAGCCAAUAUCAAGCCCACAGGGCUAUACCAGGAUGACAACUGGACUGGUCAACCGCUUCAUCUCGCCACCAUGAGCGGCCAGGCAGAUAUUGUCAAAUUACUGCUUGAAAAGGGUGUCGAUAUUCAUGCAAGCACGGGCGUUGACCCUGAGAGCUCCUAUCAUUGGCCCGGCCAUGGUCCUACUGCGCUUCAUCUAGCGCUGGAUACCAAUCUAUUUUAUGGUCGUCGCGGGCAGGCCCUGGACGCGGGAAGGCUUCAGAUUGCGCAAUGGUUAGUUGAGAGAGGCGCAAUGGUCCGAGGUAUCAUCGGCCGAUACUCUUUGCAAGAUAUUCUCAAUUUUCGUGAUUCUCCGGGUCUUUGGGAUGCGCUUGUGGCUGGKGAAAGAGAUGAAGCAAGCAUCUAG